GCAUCGUCAAACAACAAUCGCCGCUCACUCCUGGGCCCCCCAACUCACCAGCACAGCUUCCGGCCCAUCACAUCUCGCGGCAUCACACUUCCUUCGUUGUGCAUACUAGUUUCUCUCUAGCACCAUGCGCCCCUCCACACUGCUUGUGGCAGCUGCAACAUUGCUGCUACCCACCACCUUCUCCGCCCCCUCCAACCUCUUCUCCCUCACAGAACUCGACACCCAACGCCCCGCUGGGCCACCAGGCAACGGCUCUGAGCCAGGCGAGGCACUCUACACCAACGCAGUCACAUACUGCGCCGAGGCCAAAGCUGUCCUCGUCGACGAGUUCGACAUCGCUUACUGGAAGGCUAACAAUUCGGUUACCUUCGCUUUCAGCUUCGCAUCCAUCGAGCCCAACCUAAAUGUCUCGGCAUCCCUCUACCUCAACGCCUACGGCAUGGCCAUCUUCGACCAGGAGAUCAAUCUCUGCGAGCUCGUAUCCGGUGUCCUCUGUCCCCUGCCCCAGGUCAACUUUACAGGUUUCGGCACAUAUCCCAUGCCCGACAACAUUCAGUCACAAAUCCCCUCGAUUGCCUGGACAGUGCCCAAUCUCGAGGCAUAUGCGCGCGUCGAGCUCAUCGAUGUCUCCACUGGCGAGACAGCGGCCUGUCUUCAGGCCACACUAUCAAACGGCUGGAGCACACAGUACAAGGGCGUCAAGUGGGGCACGGGCAUGCUUACGCUCGCAUCCGGCCUCGUGGGCCUCGCCCACGCAGCCAUGGUCGAUUCCAUCUCACCCGCCAUUUACCGCUGGUUUGACCUGCUCACACUUUUCCAAACAGCCGCGGCUGCUGGCCUCAUGCACUUGAACUAUCCCCUCGUGUUCAGCAACUUUGUGCAAAACUUCCGCUGGUCGCUUGGCCUGUUCUACAGCAGGCCGAUGCAGGCUAGCAUCACGGCCAUGCGCAACAAGACGGGCGGCAAAAUGCCAGGUGACGCAUACGCCGACGUCCAGUACAUCAACCGCCGCCUGUCGCCGUACAACAUUGGCUCGUAUUACUCCAAUGCGGUCAACCUUACCAGCCUGCUGAACGACCCGUCCGGUCUUCCGAGCUUGGUCUCGACACUCAAGGCCGACAGCCCCUACGUUUCCGACACGCUCGCAAAGCGCGAGAAAAUCCCCUCCCGCAUUGACCAGGAGUACAUGACCAACACCACCACGGGCAUUCCCGUCUUUACAAACUCGAUGGGCGUGACCCAGGCCAACGCGUACACGACCAUCUUCUUCUUCUUCCUCGCCUUCCUGGCCAUUUUCGCCGCUGUCCACGUCGUCCUCGGAGCUGUUGUCUGGCUUCUCUCGCGCUCCCGCAAAAUCCGCUGGGCUACCCGCCUCCGCGACACUUGGUGGGACUUCUGCGCUGCCAACGCUCUCCGCUCCUGCCUCGUCUUCUUCCUCCCCAUCUUCAUCUUCGGCUUCUACCAGUGGAACAUUGGCCGGAAGGACUCGGGCCUGACCGUCUUCUUCGCUGUCCUCGGUAUCCUCCUCGUCGGCGUCCCGCUCCUGACUGUCUUUGUUCUCUCCGUCCUGCGCGCUCGCCGCCUCCGUACCGAGCCAGCCAUCUCCCCCCUCUACACCGACUACCACUUCUACCACGCCGUCGGCGACGCAACCUACCGCCAGUACCGCCAGUCCUACCACUUCUGGUGGUUCGCCCCUGUGCUCCUUGGUAUGGUUGCGAAGGCGGCCUUCAUCGGCUUCGGGCAAGCCAACGCGUGGGCGCAGGUCAUCGGCUGCGUCGUCGUCGAAGGCCUCACGCUCAUCGCGCAGCUCUUCUGCCGCCCACACAAGGACAGGAAGGGUGACUGGCUCGGCGCCUUCCUCACCCUCGUGCGCCUGAUCAUCUUUGGCCUCCUCAUCGCCUUCAUCGAAGGCAUGAAGGUUAAGCCUAUCCCUCGCACCGUGAUCGGCAUCGUGCAGAUCGCCGUCGUCGGCAUCCCCACCGUGCUGCUGCUAUUCGGCCUCUUCUUCAACGCGUUUUACGGCAUCCUGUGGCGCCGCAACAAGGCCCGCGUCGAGGACGGCACCGCCCUCCGCCUCACUGCAUCGCUCAACGAGAAGGCUCCCAGUGAGGAGGACAGCACGCUCCAGUCGCUCGACCCCGCAUCCUACGGCGCAGGAUACAAGAACGAGGGCUUUGGCGGCUACACCCCGCCAAAUGACAGCCCGGCGCAGAACGCAUACGACUCCGCCGCCUCCGGACACGGCGGUCUCCGCGACCCAUACGACCCGCCCGGAAGAGUAUCGGACGAUUACACGCCCUACAACUACCGCCAGAGUUACCAUGACCCUUACGCCCCCGGCGUCACCGGCGUCCACGGCCGCGCCGGUUGAAGACAAUGACUCGCACCUAGACUGUUAUGGCUCACUCUCCUUGUCACAGUACAACUAUCAAUAGACAUCGCACUAGACCUCUCUUCCUGUACCACACACUCGUUGACACACCCACCGCAGUCAUGGCCUAAAUGACUGGAUGU